UUUCUUUGUUAAUUUAAAAGAAGCUAUCAGCAUGAACUCUCAGCAGCCUGCAGCACCAACAGGACAAAACAUGACUUUUGUUCGGCCACUGGGAUUUUACAUUGGAGGAUUUCAGUCACUGCCAUAUUCUCAUUAUUACUUCAUAUUUCUGGGUGUAGUUUACAUAGCAACACUUAUAGCAAACUUUCUACUGAUGGUAAUCAUUUUAACUUCAGAGUGUCUGCACACUCCCAAAUAUAUUGCUAUAUUUUCUCUUUCAGUAGUAGAUGUAAGUUAUAGUACUGCGAUUAUCCCAAGGUCAGUAGAUGCUUUCCUUUUCAAUUCAAAAUUUAUAUUCUAUGAAACUUGUUUGGUUCAGAUGUUUUUUGUCCACUACUUUUGUGCAAUGGAAUCACUUUCACUCACUAUUCUUGCCUAUGAAAGGCUUAUUUCUAUAUGUGCUCCAUUCCAGAGUAGUAUAAUUAAUACUAACUCUCGAAUGAUUUCUAUUAUAUCUAUUACUUGGUUUGUCAUUUUUCUGAUUAUUCUUGUCAUGGUUUCCUUGAUCACACGCUUGUCCUUUUGCAGAUCCUUAGUUAUUAAGAGCUACUUUUGUGAUCAUGGCCCUGUGUUUAGCUUGGCUUGCAAUGACUUUACUCCUAACUGGAUGGUGGCAUACUUUUGCAUUGUCAGUUUUUUUUGCUUGCCUUUAACCUUCAUUAUAAUUUCAUAUAUAUGCAUUAUUUUUUGUGUUUUAAAAAUUAGAUCACUGGAAGGAAGACAGAAAGCAUUCAAAACCUGCACAACUCACUUAACUUUAGUAGCUAUAUUUUACAUACCUCUUUUAGUCAUCUAUAUAACAGCAUGGGUGAGGUCAACAGUAGAUGCUGACACAAGGAUUCUGAAUACAUCUUUAGCUGCAACUAUUCCUCCUCUGCUGAAUCCAAUUAUAUACACCUUGAAAACUGAAGAAAUACUGGUGCAAGUCAAAGCUACUUUUAGAAAGAAAACAUUACAAUUUCUGAAAUAACAAGAUCUUUUUCAAUAAAAUAGAAAUACAAAACAGACAAAAUGAAAAGUUGGCAUAUUCCUUUGGCUUUCAACAUGCAACUAGUCUUAAAUCACUAUUAUACUAAUAUAGAUUUGGUUCCUUUAAGAUAUGAAAUACAGUAUAGACAGCGUGGUGAUAUAGCAGGUGCCAUUACUGCUUUUCAGCACUUAAUUAUCUGUUUGAGUCUUUGAUACAAAGCACCUCAACUCCUAUUUUAUUUAUGUGGGCUUCCCAUAGUCACAAAACAUCCAGCUAAUCUGGCUAGUGGCUAAAACAUGGCAAACUGUGAGUGAGUGAAGGUGUAUGCAAUAAUAUGCACUGCAGCUUCCUUAAGCUCUAUUCAGGGUUGCUUCUUUAAUAUUUUAUUCUGAGGGUAAAUGCUUUUACACUGAAAUGGAAAAAGAAGGUUAAAAAUGGGUGGAGUACAUGAAUACAUUUGUUGUGUAAUAUAGGAAAUGUACCACUUUGUAAA